AAGUAGCAUGUGUUCUUGGAUCAAAAAGUCCUGUCAAACAAGUCAAGUCAGCUUUAUUAAUAUUGCACUUUAUACAACACAGGUUUGCAGCAAUGAACGAAAAAAAUAAUUGAAUCAAUGAUGCAAACUUCAUAAAAUAUGAGACAAAUCUUAAUUCUGCUGUAAAGCAGCUCUACAAAGACAAUAGUGUCAUUAUUCUAAUUGAAGAAUAAUUCAGUGUUGGUUCUGUUCAAUAGUUGUUCUGUUACAGUUCAAUAACUGUAAAAAUCCAAUUCAACUGUAAGCAGCUCUACAGAAGACAGCAGUGUCGUUAUUCAGCUUGAAUCAGUUCAGUUUCAAUGUUGCAAAAUUCUUUAAUUAAAUUGUAAGUGUAAGUGCAGUCAAAUCCUAGUGGCUUUUAAACCCCAACUAAGCAAUGUUGAGCUACUGCUAAAUUCAAAGUGAAAUUAAUAAAUAUUUCAAGAAUCUAAGCCAGGUAAGAACAAGAAUGUUGAUCCAGGAACAUGGGAGGUGGAAAAAAAGAAAGCAGUGGCCUUUUUCAAUUCUGCCAGCAUGUUGGAUCCAUUCCAGACUCUUUUCCAGAUCCCAUCAGUCCAUUUUGAUCCAUUCUGAUAUCCAAAACCAGCCAACAGCAGGUUUGUCUGAUACCAUAAACUAGUUAACACUGCGUUUUGUCUCAUAUCCAAACUAGAUAUCAACUAAUCAGCCGAAAAUGGAAACAUCUGCCAGGAAAGAGCAGAAAGCAAAAGACAAAGCAUUGAAGACCCAAACAACCGAAGAUACCAAGAAAGAUAAAAACACAACACUGGCUGACAAUGAACUGUACUCCACCUGGGGAGCAGGUCAGUUCCAGGUGACAGUGCAGAGCACAGAUGCGUCUCAAAGGUGCAGGAUGUCCGGGUCUUACCUGCUGUCUUCUGAGAAAGAGGCUAUUUGUCUGCUGGAUCUUAAGACCGGGCAGGCCAUCUACCAUUGGCCCUAUAAGCUCCUCAGGAGAUUUGGCCAAGUCAAGGGUGGAAUUAUGAUUGAGGCAGGUCGUCGCUGUAACACUGGCGAGGGUCAGUUCAUUUUCUUGUCAAAACAGGGGUCACAAAUAAAGAGGGCCAUUGAGGAGGCCAUCAUGCACCAGAGUGUCCAAGAGCUGCUGGCACAAGCCACCGCUCUUCCACAAGAGUUCGCGUCCCAGCCCCCCUCGCCUAAAAGCAAACCGCAGGACAAAUCUAAGGUAAAAAAUCUUCCUCCAAUCAGCGGGAACCAAGAUCGACUGCGCCAAGAGCAGCUGCCACCAUCCACACCCCUUCCACAAGCCACUCCACCCCCACCAGCGUUACCGAAACCCAAAACACAGGCCAGGGACAAAACUAUGGUCAAUAUGAAACUUCAAGGCAACAAGAAUCAAGAAAAACCUUGUCCACCUGCACUGAAAAAACCUGGGCAGCCAAUACACAAGCUCAUUAAAAGUGUUCUCACACACCAGAAUGUCCAAAAAGCAUCAUCAACUCCUUCUCAACAAACCCCUCCACCACCGCCACCCUUGCCUAAAUCCAGACCACAGGACAGGCCUAAUGUUAAAAAGCUUCCUCCAGUCAAUACAAAUCAAGAUAGACCCUGUCCAGCAGUACCACGGAGAUACAUCACCUUACCAGAUCCACCACCUUACGUCAAAAGCCCUGUAAGUAGCCCGGAUGAUGUUUUAUAUACAGUGAUAUUUCCACAACCAAAACCAAGAUCAAAAAUAAAUCUCCCAAAAGUUCCAAUGCCUCCCAGUCUACCACCAAACACGGAUACAGAUGUAACUAUGGAUAAUGAGAAGGAGUGGAAAUCACCACAAGAUCCUUCUGAGGAGAACAAUGAAGAGGCUCCGUACACUAACUUGUCCGUGAAGACCACUGCAGAGCAGGAUCAACCGAAUAUUGAGGACCUAUAUAGCACAGUGAAUUUCGCAGCUAAACGUAAGAACAGACAGACUGAGGGCAGUGAUGAUCAAGAGCAGCCUAGCACUGAGCAAAACCCUCCUGUCAUCACUUCCAGUGAAAUCCCUGUCAACUUCAAACAGACCCUUUCUAACAUGCUGUUUAAAGAUCCGUCCAAAAUUCCACCCCCAUUUCCGCCCCGGUCACGUGAGGGAAGUUCUGAUCAGUUAGACCGAAUAGAUGAGCAGAUGACUGAUUGAGGUUUCUAUUGUCUGCAGUUGAGGUCAGUGUCACUGCUAACCUGAUUAAUGUGAGUGAUAUCUGUUUUAGUAUAACAGAUAAGUUUAACAUAAAUAAUAGAUAAGUUUUAACAUGAACUUUUUAGUAAUGAUGCACAGAAUAUGUACUGAGAUGAUUAAAUAUAAGGAAAGUGUAUGCUUUGAAUGUUUAUGUAAAUGAUCUUUAUUGAACAUGUCUAUCUAAAAAAUAUUGUGAAAGUGUGUAUAUUUAACCAAUAUAUCACAAGUAAUUUAAAACAGUUUGGUUGUGAUUUGGUCUCUGGCAUGACAGUACUGUUUUGUUGACUCUGUUUUAACAAAUCCUUUAAGGUAAAUGAAUAGUUCAUCCCAAA